AUGCAAGAAGUGAUCAACAUUGGUGUUUCGCAUCGUGCAAAUCACCUUCUGACACAAUUCUACAACUGCCAGGAGCAAAGCUUAGAACAGGCUUCUGAAAAUAGUAACCACUCCUCAGUAAACGGCAAUGAUCCAGCGGUAUUUCUAAAUCCCAUCGUGGACAAGGUAUCGAAGACCGUCUCCUACACACCCAGGGCUAUUUUGUGGGAUGCAAAAACUGGUAAUGGUGCCCUCGCCACUCAUCAGUACUCUAACAGUGGAGACUAUUAUUACGGUGAGAACUGCGAGGGGCCUGCAAACCCAGAAACACCAGCCGAGCACGUUACGCGCCCAGUUGAGAUUAUCAAAACACAUGAGCGUGUGCUGCCUUCCGAAUAUCAGGCUGCUCUCGAUUCUGGAACGGCGUUGCCGCAGCUUGACGUGCAAAACACACAGUAUUGGUCCGACUACGCAAAACUCAUAUAUUCACCUUCCAGUUUGAAUAAUUUACAAAAUUGGUACCAUGAUCCUACUCAGCCUUCUAUGCCUGACUUCCAAAAUCUCCAUCAGACCAAGUUUGACAGCUUCGAGAUUGGCUACCAAGAGUUUCGUGAUAAUUAUGCCACAGAUUUUUUUGAUGGCUGUUUUCGCCGACAGGUAGAACAAUGUGACAACGUUGAAGGCUUCAACCUAGUGACAGAGGUCGAUAAUGGUUGGGGUGGAUUUUCCUCUGCGCUUCUUCUGGAGCUGCGUGAUGAAAUGCCAAAAAAAGAUGUUUACACGUGGGCCAGUAAUCAAGACGACGUCCUCAGCUUGCGUGAACCUGUGCUUUCUACAAAAAGCAAAUUCAAAAGUCUUUGCAAUAAGAUUCGUUCAACUUUGCCAUUAUGCUACGAUUCGACUCUAUUUUUUCCGCUUUAUGCCGAUCCUCAAAAGACUUUAUGGGAAUCAGCCUCACGCACCUGCAUGCUUUUUGACACAAUUAACUCGGUGGUUUCACAGACUGAUCUUCAACAGCGCAGAAGUCUAGACCACAUAGCGUCUGCUCUCACCCGUGGAGAACCAACGCGAAACAUAGUAUCUACAAUGCGCAUUCGUAAUGAUGAUUUUUCGUUUUACUCCCGUAUCCCUCUUUACAAAACAAGUCGUUCUCACGUUUUCUCUCAAUGUAACAUUUCGAGGGACUCUGAAAUCAAGGAAAAAGAUAUUUACUUGUUCAACACUUAUGCUUGGCAGCCGUCCGAUACAAUUUCAGAGGAGUACAGAAAGAUCACAAAUUACAACGUUCAUCUGGCAGUUGACGAAAGGCCUCGAAACGUUUUCAAGCAUUGGUUUGACAUGGUUUCACGAUACUUCCGCUAUGAUUCUGACAGAGAAGAGCUCAAAGAGCAGUUGGGCACUCUUGCUUCGAUAUAUGAAGAAGGUUGGUACGAUGAUGAUGAUUCUGGAGACGAUAUGUAG